AUGUCGUGCCCAUUGGAAGUGACGGGGCAGACCCGAGUGCUGGGUCGGGCGCACCUGUCUCACCUGCCGCAGCGGCCGCCGGUCAACCUGACCUUCCAGGACCUUACCUACACUGUUGUCAACGGGAAAACUUCGAAGAUCAUUCUGCGGAGCAUCAACGGGGAGUUCAAGUCGGGACAGCUGACUGCGAUCCUGGGACCUUCGGGCGCCGGCAAAAGCACUCUACUCAACAUACUCGCAGGUUACAGAGUAUCAGGCGCUGGUGGCACAAUCUGCACGAAUGGCGAGCCGCGGAAUCUCAAACAAUUCCGGAAGCUGUCCCGGUACAUCAUGCAGGAGGACCUGCUGCAGCCGUUCAUCACGGUGCAGGAGGCGAUGGCGAUAGCAGCUGACUUGAAGUUGGGAUCGGUUAUCAACAAGCAGAAGAAAGCCGUUGUGGUAGAUGAGAUAGUUCAACUGCUAAGACUGACGAAAGCCAGACACACGGCAACGGAGAGGCUUUCGGGUGGAGAGAGGAAGAGAUUGUCCAUAGCUCUGGAGUUGCUGAACAAUCCUCCGGUCAUCUUUCUUGAUGAACCUACCACUGGUUUGGACGACGUGGCAUCCUCUACCUGCGUGUCGCUACUGAAGCGCGUUGCUCGCGGCGGUCGUACAGUAGUGUGUUCUCUGCACACGCCGUCAGCGCGGUUAUUCGCAGAGUUCGACCAUGUGUAUGUGGUCGCUAACGGGCGAUGCGCCUACCAGGGCACCGCCGCCGGUGUAGUACCUUUCUUGGAAGAGCUGCAGCUGCCUUGCCCGAAGACUUACAACCCAGCUGAUUUCAUCAUAGAGGUCUCCAGUGGUGAAUACGGUUCCCACGCUGACAGAAUGGUGGCAGCCGUAGAGAACGGAAGAUGUCAGCGAUGGAGGGACUACACCGUCGAAACUGUGUCCAGUAUAGAAGAAGAUCUGGACUUGGAGCAGCUCAAUGCUGGAGGAGUGGAGGCUCACAAUUAUAAACAUGGCAGUACGGCGUGCCAGCAGUUCUUGGUGCUGCUGCGAAGAAUGCUGCUGCAGACUGUUAGGAAUAGGGAUUACCUUUGGCUACGGGUGGGUCUGCAUGUGUUCCUUGGUUUCUUGGUCGGUACUUUAUUCUACCGGAUGGGGUAUGAUGCCUCCAAAACCAUCUUCAACUUUGGCUUCUGCUACGCCUGCAUCAUCGCCAUGCUGUACAUACCGAUGAUGCCGGUUCUACUUGCAUUUCCCAAAGAGGUACAGCUGGUGAAGCGCGAAUACUUCAACCGCUGGUACGGCCUGAAGCCUUACUACGCGGCGUUGGUCGUGUCCCGCACUCCGGCUACCAUAUUCUUCAGUCUGAUCUACCUCGCUAUCACCUACCCUCUGACGUCACAGCCUAUGGAGAUCAGUAGGGUGCUGAUGUUUACGACAAUAUGCAUAAUGAUAGCGCUCAUAUCGGAGUCCAUGGGCACUGUUAUAUCGUCGAUGUUAAAUGUCGUGAACUCAGUGUUCCUCGGCCCAGCGAUCAGCGUUCCUCUCAUGCUGCUCGCUGUAUACGGCAUCGGUUACGGGGACAUCCCGCCCCCUCUUGUAUGGAAACUGGCUCGAUCCUGUUCCUUCCUUCGGUACGGCAUUGAGGGACUUGUGGCCGCCAUCUACGGACCCCCGCGCCACGACCUCACCUGCCCCGACAAUGUGGACUACUGCGAGUACAAGAACGUCGGUUAUUUCGUGAAGCUAAUGGGGAUGACUGGAGUUUCCUUUUGGGUCGACUUUGGAAUCCUUGUGCUGAUACUUUUUGCCAUGAAUCUUUCGGGAUACUACCUUCUUAGGCAAAGAUUGUCUCCAAACUAUGCCUUUAGGGCUAUAAAAGUCAUUGGGAAUUUCAUCAAAAUCAAAAUGAGUGGUAAUUACCACUGA